GUGCAUCAUUAACGUUGAUAAUCACCCGCAAUCGCCAAUUAACCUAGGCAUGCCGAACGCAGUGCUGACGGGCUGGAGAGACGCUCGAGCGCACUGGCUAAACUAGAAGCUGCCAUGCCACCGCGUGCAGCCGCGGCAUCAGCCGCUGGUGCCUCCACCCAUCAGCCUACUGUGCGAGCUCGGCAACAGCAAACUCAGGCGUCAUUUUCGCAACAUGCACAAGCACAUCAGCCUGCAGCAGAUGCAUCGACAUCGACUGCGUCGCGAAGGAUGUCAGAGCGUCGGCGAUCGCGAGAUCUGUCGUGUGCUGCGAAUCGACAGACGCAGACUCAGCAGCCUGGCAAGCCAGAGGAAUGCGACAGGCCAAGUCUCUCACAAACUGCCAUGAAUGAGGGCGACGUGCAGAUGGCCAAUGUUCAUGGUAACGCCGCAGAUGAUGCUUGGAGUACUCACACUUCGCAAGGACGGCAUGCACCUAGCUCGCGUAACCAGUCCCAGCUUCCACCGGGGGCGCAUGUCGAGGCGUUUGCAUCUGGACAAACACGCGUGGACAAGCAAAUGCCUAGUGCCACUGUUGAUCAGGAGGACAUCAUAUGGGCCGGCAUCCCGGACUGGCUGCUUACCUUGACGCACGAUGGGCAUCCGGUCCUACGCGCUACGCAAGUUGCUCUCGAUGAGAAAUACAUCGUUUGUCGCCUUGUUCAGCUUGCUCGGUUUUACCUCAAUCCGUCUGUCAAUGUGGGGGCGCAAAGCACAGCCGCUGGCAAGCGAAGAGCCGCUGAUGACUCUGAAGGUGGGGGAUCGGGGGUGAAACGCAAAUCAGACGCGUUAGGUGUGCUCAACGGCGAGUCCAGCUCGAAAGGCAGCAGCACAAGCACGACAAGUGAUAGUGAGGGGCCACACGACGUUAUGGCAGACUACGUCUCUGCCUCUCUAUACGCCCAUCUCGCACUCUGCCUCGAUCGCUCAUCUGUUGCUGCGAGAAAGACGCUAGCGCUCGCAGUGCUCAACGGUGGCGAUCCUUUCCCAUUUGCCCCUUCCUCGCCAUCUGGAUCUACAUCGACACUGGGGGGUACUGGCGGCAGCGGUGCCACUACUUCAGUCUCAUCUGCAGCAGCAGCGCAUACGAACGCUUCCUCUGCUCAGUCGGCUCUGCGGAUCCUCGAGCAAGGUGGCCAAGCGACGUACGAGGACGUGGAAAGCGCCCUGGUGUACGCACAAGCUUGCCGCAGGCUGGGCAGGUACAGAGAUGCAGAGAUGGCGCUCAGCUGGACUUUUCAACGGCAUAUCAACCACGAUAUCUCAACUGCAGAUUUAAAUGAGACCGGGCAUGCACACUCGUCCUCGACGUACAGAUCAGUAUCAUCUGCUCCAAUACCGCCGCCACUCCAGGUGCAGCAUGCAUCUCCCAAUAGCUCACUUAACGCCGCAAUUCGUGGCUCAGACCUGAGCAACGCCGUUAGAGCACAGAUGCUUGUCAUGAUGGGAAGUCUCGCGCUCUCUUCCAACCGUCAGAAAGACGCUGUCGAAUCCUUUCAGACUGCGCACAAGCUUUUCGACCACUGGUGUUGGAGCGCUUGGGCCGGCUUCUGCGAUGCCGGUGGGGCUACAAGCGAACUGGAUGAGCAGGAUCUUGCGUCGACCUUAUCCGUCGAUCGUGCAGGAGCGCUGUCUGAAACUCUCGGCGAUCGCAGCGACACCGUCACUGCGGCCCGGGCAUUCGAUGCUCACAAGAUGGCAUGGCGUCACAGGGCAAUGGAUUUCCUCCCGCCGGGUUUGGAGCGAAAACUCAAGCGUGAGGCGGCGCGGAUAGAGGAAGGGUUGCUGGACCCGCAGUUGCUCUCUACGGGUGACGAUGAUGCGAGCUCGAUUAGGAUCAAGCACGUAUUAAGCAGCUCCGAGGCAGAUCCUGCAGCCAGGAGGCUGGCGGCGCGAGCAGGGCCCGGGCGGGUGGCACAACGCGAAGAGCUGGGAAGACCGAAUUCAUUCCAAUCCCGAACACAAACAUUUGGCGCGAAACCCAUGCGCGUACAUGCCAGCAGCUCAACUAUAGACAAUUCAGAUGCGACGUCCGUCUCGACUGUGCGAUCCCACUCGCGCCUUGCCACACGCCCGCCCCAGCCAAGGCCAGGCACUCGCACUGUGACCGGGCCUAAUGGGACUACGGCUCCGGCCGUCAGUAAGCGGUCGCGAUCCGGAGCCGAAACUCCGAAUAUCGUAACAAGUACUGGGAGACUGGGCGGCGCAGGUAGUCGGAGAACUACCUCUGCAGCAGCCGUGGGCUCAGUCGCCACCACUGGCAAUGAAAACAGCAGGCCUGGCACUUCUUCAACUUCCGUAUCGACCACUCUUCCUCCUUCCUUGUCUGCACUCAACAAGCCCCCAGCAGCCAACACGCGGUCGGGAAACUCACAAGCACUUCUUGGCCCUGGGCGGACAAACUUGCAUCCGGAGCAGCCGCGCGCCACACGUGGAAGCGAAUCGACAUCUGCGGCGAGUAGCGUGAAAGACGACAAGGAGAUAGAUGUGCCAGGCGGCGUACGUAGAAGCACUCGUGCAGUCUCGACAGGUCUCGGUGUUACCACCAAAACCCGUCCAGCUGGAAAGACGACUGCAAUGACAAGGGGGCCGAGCCGCACCCCUGUCAGCUCGCAGGGCACGCAAAUCCCGACCACCGCCCGGCGAACAGUUGGGAAGGGCCCCGUUGCCAAGACGGACAGUGGUGCGGCAAGGAGAGGCGCGCCCGUCAAGAAAACUCUGUCCGGAACACUCGCCAGAAAUCAGCCUCAUUCGUCGUCGUCAGACAUUGACGCUGCGCUCGAAAGUGAUCAAUUAGCGGAUGCAGCGCAGGCUCGCUUCGACGCAAUGAACAAGCUCAAGGAGGAGGCAAGCAAAGCGAUUAACUUUGCAGUCCUCGAAGCAAAGCGCUGGACUAAGGUCGAUGCAGCCAUCGUUGACAUGUUGCGGGUGGUCGGCGAGGCGUAUCGAUCUGUUCGAGCUUUCAGGGGCAAACGUGCCAUCUGGCUUCUACGCUCAAUUCCCAAUGACAUUCAGAUGGAGCACGCAUCCAUGACCAUUGACCAGGUCGUGGAACCUGGCGAAAAGCAGGUCGACCUCACAGUUUACAAGGUCCUCAAUCACCGCAUCCGCAGCUCUCCACCCAUUCAAUUGCUCAUCGGUAGAGCAUAUCACGACAUGUCCUUGUACGCAGAGGCCGAGCGAUACUUCGAAGCGGCCAAGACAGAAGACCCGACUAUUACAGCGUCCAUGGACAUUUAUGCACUCGUGCUGUUCCAUCUCAACCGCGAAGUUGCACUCUCUGCUUUGGCGCAAGAGCUCAUGCUCCUUGACUCAAGAUCCGCAAUCGCCCAUCUCGCAACGGGAAAUGCCUUUAGCUUGCAGCGCGAGCAUGACUUGGCCCUUAGAUGUUUCCGGCGUGCCAUCUUGCUAGCACCUUCGUGUGCAUACGCCUAUACUCUUGCCGGCCUGGAGUCCUUAGAGCUCCGCAAUCGAGAUGAUGCGCGCAACUUUUUUCGCGCAGCGAUUCGGUGCGAGCGACGCCACUGGAACGCCUGGUCUGGUCUUGGCCAGAUUUGCUUGUUGGAUGAGCAGUAUCCAUAUGCCGAGUUUCAUUAUCUGUUGGCAACUUCUAUCAAUCGUCAAAACGCCGUCCUAUGGGAUCUACUGGGCUGGGUCCUUGAGAUGAAGAACGAGAAAUAUGCCGCUCUGACGCACUACAACAAGGCGCUCUCCUUAAACCCUUCGAUGGCGAUGACCAUCCUCAGACGCGGCGAAUUAUUGCAAAAGCUCGGUCGGGUGCAAGAAGCACAUGAGAGUUUCCUCAAGGCGUGCACCUUGGCACCCGAUGAGGCACGCGUCCAUAUUCUGCUGGCCACGUCAUACAUGCGUCUGGCUGGCGGCUACUUCGCACCGCUCGAUCGCAGUGAGGAGGAGGCAAAUGAGGCUGGAGACAUGAGUUCCAUGAUGGAUGCUGCUGGCUUUGUCCGCAAGCAUGCUGUAGCCGGUGGAGCCGCAGGGCGCGAUGCCGCAGUCAAGGCGACCGGUAGCCCAAAAUAUGGCAAGGGCUAUGAGAUGGCUAUUGCGCACCAUCUCGCUGUCGCUAUCGAUCUCGAUCCACGCACCACGCGCACAAUCAAGGCCAUGGGAGAGGGCGUUCACGCAGCUCUGCAGAGCGCGGCGAAGAGGGGCGGCAUCUUCGACCAGAGCGGUAUAGCGUCGAGGAGCGUCAGUCUCAACGAUGCAAGCACUUCACAAUUCGCUCGCACAUCGAUCAUCGAUAACAGUCGUGGCUUGCCAGUAUAUCAGGACGCACCAUCGGCUGCCAAUGGCGCUGGGGACGCGAGCAAUAGUGCUGCCCAGUACGUAGAACCAGAUGAGCCAAGCUUUGACGACAACGACGAAGCAGGCAACAACCACGCACACCCUCUAGAGCAAGCUGGUUCAGUCUCAGGAUCUCAGGAUGGCCGCAGCGAGAACAGUAGUGAUCAAGAGCACUAUGAUGGCAGCGAGGCACGGGGCGAUGAGUCGAUGGAAGACCAUUCCCAGGGCGAUCGCGACCGGCAUCCGGGCCACAGCGAAUCCAACUCGUCCUCCAUGAUGCAUGAGCACGACGACGACGUUGAUAUGUCCGGCGUCCCGUAGUUUAGCAGGCCCCGCAUCCAUUGCUCACUGCAACUGAACAUGCAGUAUGUGGGAAAGACCGUGGAACCGUGGACCACAGCCAGUUGGUGAGCGAGAGACUGAAGACUCAGGGUUUUUGAGUCUCACCGGGUGUGAUUCAAUGUGUAUAUGUAUAUGCACAAGUGGGCCGCAAAGCGCCGGGUGUAUAGAGAAUGUCUGUUGUAGUGAGUGUACUGAAAAG